CACACCCACCCACACGACGCCAUAGCCGGCGACGGCUCCUCUCAAAACGCGACCCCGCCGCGCGCCCCCGAGCAGACUCGCUCGGAUUCGAGGCCUCCCCUCUCAGCGGGCGACGCCGCCGCCGCCGCAUCGCCCAUCCUUCCCUCCCUCCCGGUCGUCGCCGCCGCCGGGCAGCCGCCAGUGCUUGCCUCUUGCAAGCAGCAAGCAACCUGUCCUCCUGGCUCCCAGGGAAACGAACCUGCCAUGCACAGGACUUGAUUUCCCCUCUCUUCUCCAGAAGAAGAAAAGCUCCAAGCCGCAUUUGUGCAAGUAAUGCACGCCAGCAACAUGAGAAAAGGGACCUCAUCACGUGCAGGGCAAUUAAUAGAGAAGCGAUGUGGGCUGCUAGACGGCAGUAGCUGCAACAAGGGGAUCAGUCGGCCCCAAAAUCGCGAAGGGACUGCGGUAUCAGCCUCAUAGACAUCGCUUUGCAGCUGCUGUUCCGCCACCGCUGAGGGAGAUGCGCAUGCUCGCGCCGCCUGUGCAUUACGCCUUGCCAAGAAUCCACGCACCACUUAUAUAGAAUAAUAAUCAGGAUAAAAAGCUAAAUGUGAAAAGUCUCUGUUUGAUUUAUUAUUAGCAAUGCUUCUCUAUUGUCGACCAAGGGGUAGGUCUCUAAUCCAUUUAUGAAGAGGUCAGAUCAAUUAAGAAAGAAAAUGUCCUUCCUCCUUGUGCUUACAAUCAUACUGUCAGCCAGAUUCAUUUGGUUUUUAGUUGUAGUAUGGACAAUGUGAAUUUUCUUUCGAUAGGCUUCAUGACAUCUUACUUGAUAUCACAUCUUACAGUUUUCAGGAUGACCAAGUACAUGAGGAACAAGAGAAGUUCAUCUCGUCAGCUCAAAUCAUCACAUAAUCAGAAAUCCAGCAGUCAUUGCAUCUUCAAGAGGGUCGCCAGCCAAGAUCUGACAUUUACAACAACAGAGAAAUGUGCAUGGGCAGAAGCAACCUGUCCAGUAUGCAUGGAGUUCCCACACAAUGCUGUUCUUCUACUCUGUUCGUCUCAUGACAAUGGCUGCCGUCCAUAUGUCUGUGCCUCCAACUUCGAGCUCUCAAAUUGUCUUGAUCAGCUUGUAGAGUCAUGCAGAAAAGAAAGCUCUGAGAAUCCAGAGGCAAUAGAGCUUGCAUGUCCCCUUUGCCGUGGUGAGGUUAAGGGAUACACAUUAGUUGAGCCUGCUCGGAAGAAGCUGAAUCACAAGAGGAGAAGCUGCAUGCAAGAUGGCUGUUCAUACAUGGGCACAUACAGAGAGCUCUGCAAGCAUGUCAAAAAGAAGCACCCUUCUGCAAAUCCGCGGGCUGUGGACCCCUUACAUGCCUUCAGAUGGAAGCGGCUUCUGUUUCGAAGUUCAUUGCAAGAUAUGAUCUGUUCAACGACUUCACCAUUGCUGCGAAGGCUAUUAUCUCUUAUGCUGCAAUUAGACGAGCUCAUGGCAUCUUAUUGGGGUGAAGGUGGUGACCGUCGGGGUGCUACAAGCGAUAGUUCACUGCAAAGUGCUAACGCAGAGCCUACUGAUCCGUGAUGUCUGGACCUGUCUCUGUUGAUACUGCAGGGAACCUUACAUGAAUCCCUGACUUGAUGCCCUGUAGAUUCAAAUUUCUGACCUGACAAAGCAAUGCUGGUCUUCAUCUAUUCUCAGGGAAUGUCCGGUCCUCAUCUUGAGAAGAAGCAUAUUGUUAGUCUUUGAUUGAUUUAGUCCAAACGCACUGACAUUGUGCUGGUUGAAUGGUGUGGGGCUUUUGUUCAUACUUCAUUUUAGCCUCUAUUGUGUCAUGUGAUGCAUUGCUCAUGUGCAUCCCUCUCCAGUCUACAUUGUAUGAUAAAACUGUUUCUUCUGAAAUACAGUGUGUUCUCGUUCAGAAAUAGAAAUGCACGAUUUGAUGGCCAUUGGAUCU